AUGGCUACUGAUGCUUCUGUCUCCAGUAUCAAAGUUAUGAACCAGGAUCUUGUUAAACUUGAUUGCUUCGAUGGAACGAAUUUCACUCGUUGGCAAGACAAGAUGAUUUUUCUCUUGACUGCACUGAAAAUAUAUUAUGUGUUAGACCCUGAUCUAACACCAAUUGCUGAACCACAAGAUGAUGAUUCUGAUGAACUUAAGACCGAAAGAAAGAAGCGCAUAGAGGAUGAGUUGUUGUGCCGUGGACAUAUUCUGAACACUCUCUCCGGCCGCCUCUAUGAUCUGUACACAGACACUCAGUCCACAGUGGAAAUAUGGAAAGCAUUGGAAUUCAAAUUCAAGGCUGAGGAAGAAGGUACUAAAAAGUUCUUAAUAUCUAAAUAUUUCGAUUUCAAAAUGUUAGAUUCAAAACCUAUUCUGCAACAAGUGCACGAGUUACAAGUUCUCGUAAAUAAGAUAAAGGCAGUGAAAAUAGACAUCCCUAAAGCUUUUCAAGUUGGUGCAAUCAUUGCAAAAUUGCCACCUUCCUGGAAUGGUUACAGGAAGAAACUGCUACACAAUUCUGAAGACUUCUCAUUGGAGAAAAUUCAGAAACAACUUCGAAUCGAGGAGGAAUCGAAGGUCGGAGACAAGGCUGAGUCUUCUGGUUUCUCUAAGGCAAAUGUUGUAACUGCAAAAGGCAAGAAAAAUAUGAUGGAAAACAACAACAUCUUGGACCAAGGAAAGAACAUAAUAAGUUCAAAAACAACAAUGGAACAAAAGGUCCAAAGGGUGGCUGCUAUGUUUGCGGAAAGCCUGGCCACUUUGCUAGAGACUGCAGACAAAACAAGGCUAGGAAGGAAGUGA